GAAGAGGAAAACCAAACCAAACAGAAGGAACAACGUCGGGAUGUAUGGAUAAAAACCAAACCAUGGACGAUGAUUUGGAUAUAUACGAUGAUUUGGACCAAUUUCAAGAGCAACAAGAGCAGAAAUGCAAAGAAUUGCAAAAUGCCGAGAAUCGAUACCAGGAAUCUCUUAAAACAAUAAAAAAUUUGGAAGAAGAAAAUAAGACGCUGCGAAAGAAACUACAACGCAUUGAAUUAAGUUUUCAAAGUCUUUUGGAUACAGCAAGAAGUGAAAUUAAAAGAAAGGAUGCAGAAAUCGAAAGAUUACGAAAAGAAAAAGACGACAUUUGUUUCAGAAGGAAGAUUGCAAAUCGUUCAAAGGAUUUUGAGCCUACUACAUCGUCUCAAAAGAUAGUAAAGAAUCCUUUUGCUAACAGAACAAGUGCUCAAGAGGAUUGUAAUGAGUUAUCAAAAGUGGAAAAUAAAAAGGAAAUUGAAUCAACUGUACCAGAUAGAGGAAGACAAAGGGAAAGAAACUUCGCCGACAAAUAUCCUGAUAGACAACAUAACACAUCCGGUGAAUCUUAUUAUAAUGAUAAAAGCAAACGACAUAAAGAUAGUGGUAUUCCCGAAACAGACGAUAAAUAUCAGUAUGAACGCAGCAGGGAUAGACAUCCACAAGACUCUAAAAGGGAACAACGUCGUGAACUCGUCGUUAGAACUCAUAAUGACCACCGACGAAGAGAUAGAGAUGCAGACAAACAUAUUGAUGAAAAAUACGAGCAACGAAGAGAACGUGAAAGUGAAAGGGAUAGGCACCAUAGGGACCGUCAUAGAAGUCGCAACGAUCAAAGUUAUCAUUCGUUUUCAUCCAAAAGUGCUGAACGCAUUAGAAGCCCAGAUAGCAAAUCAUUGCAUAAUACUGAACGUCAGGAAAAGGAUGAUCACGGUCGUGCUUCUUACACGACGAAAAAUAGCAGCACUGACCACUCGUAUUCCACAGGCAAAAAAGAUAAGCACAUAGGCGAGCAGAGGGAACAUUUAAGCAAAACCUCCAAUAUGAACACCCCUGCCAAAGAAAAAACUAAGCUGUCAACAUUUCAUACUGACUCCAUAUUGAUUAACAGAAAAGACGAGCAGUGCCAGGAUGAAAGCAAAAUCGAAGAGGAGGAGAAAAUCAAAGGAAUUGAAGGCCAUAAAACUAAGAAAAUUCAAUCCAAAUAUGGUGAUGAUAAACAACUGACAAAUGAAGAACACAAAAGUCAUCAACACUCGUUUGUUAAAAAUAGUGACAUAAAAUGUUCAGGCAAUAAUAAUAAUGAUGCCUACGGCUAUACACAUAAGCCAAAAGAAAGUUCCAAGGACUGUAUCAUGAGUAGCAGAGGCACUCAAAGUGUAGCUGACCUUCUAUAUGACGAGUUUGAGGACACAUCGAUUGAGCAAUCGUAUGACAAUACGAAAGCACAAGAUAUCAAUGAACUUUUAUAUGAAAAUCUUAAUAAUGACAACUUGACCAAUGUGAAAUCUUCUCAAAAUCUUUUAACAAAACAUCACACACCAAAAAGUGUGGUCUUAUUUGAAGCUCUGUUUGGACCAUCUCCCAGCAGUGUGGAUACCAGUGAUAAUAACUCUCCAGUUACACCAACAGCAAAGGAUGCUCUACCAGAAGCAAUAUCAUCAAGGGAAGAACAUAAUGAUUUGGAUGAGGAUUUCAUUGCUUAUCCUGAGAAAAGUGUUGAUGUAAUGAAUAAAACAGAACUUGGGAAAUGCUUUGUGGAAAAUACCGCUAGUUUACCAUCAAUUGGAACUAUAGAUUUAACAGAUGAGUUGUUUGGUAGUGAUGUUGAUACUUUAUCAUCACUUCAGUCUAAUGCGAAGGCAAUAAAUGAGGGCACUUGUGGUGAUGAUGGUGGAAGCUCAAAAAAGUCGGCAAGCCCAUCUUCAUAUUUUACAAAUAUACGAAUCCCUGGUCUAGAUCUGAUAUCUGACAAAAUGGAGGAAAAUAGUGGAGAAGGUACACAUUUUCUUUCUUUUUUUAAUUCGAAUGUGGUUUCAAAUUUGGAAGAUAAGGAGGUGCAUGCUAUGAAUGUCAGAGAGACUACAUCGCAAGAAACGGAAGGCGAUGGUAAAACCAAGGAUGCAAAAAAUGAACACACUGCAAUGGAAAGAAAUUCGGAAGAAAAUGAAAAUACAUUAACCUCUGUAGAAGAUGAUUGUACAAAAACAAACAUUGCAAGAGAGGGGAGUCCAACUUUACUUUCUGAUAAAAAUGUCCAUAAUAUUCCUUGCCUGGAUUUAACUUCUCCCAGAUCUAACUCACUGGGUCAAAAUAGUAAGCCAAAAACUAGUUGCCUAUCUAAAACAGCUGAAGCUUUAAAUGCAUCAAAGGUGGAAAAUGAUAUUGUAGCCAAGGAAAUACCCCGCUUAUCACCAUUAAAUGAUGCAGAAAUUCGUGGAACUUUAUCGCAGCAAUUACUACCUAUAUUAUCUGCAACUUCCCAAGAUAUAGUGAAUCAAAAGGUUUCCUUAAAUGAAAAAACUUUGCAUACGGUCCUUCAAACUGAAAAAAUUGUCAGCUCAAUACCCAAUGAAGAGCAAAGUGAACAUAACUGUAUAACAGAUGAUUCAUUAUCAACCGCAGAAAUACCUACGUCCCAAGAAUUUGUUGUUCAUGUAUCUACUGUGCCGCAUAUUGACACAGAUGAAAAACCCAAAAAUUCAGAAUCUGUUGCCUCAUCUAUUUUAACAACUCAGCCCGGUCUUCCAUGUUUGAAAUCGCCUUCUAGGCUAAGCUCUUCAACACUUGGUAUGUUUAGCCUAUUAUCUCCUAGGGCAGCAAAUCAUAUACCAUGUCUGGAUUUGACGUCCUCACCCGAAACAAUUACAAGUCCCCUCAAAUCUGUGGCUACUCCUGAAAAGAUUAUUACAGCAAAAAAUCAAAACUCAAAUUGCAUCUCUGUGGGCUCAAUCUUUACUAGCAACAAAGAAAUUUCUCGCUCUUUAGAUAGUGAUGGUGCCCAAUUGGCUGUUAAGACAAAAAAAUCCACAGAAAAUCUGGCCAAAUCUGAAGCCAAAUUAGGGAAGCUGAAAAAUGUACAGCCUAAUACCUCAACUGUUUUAACAAAAAAGCCUGAGCUUCAAACAGCUUUUUCGGAUCAAAGUCGCUCAUUACAUGGUGAUGAUGCCCACUUGGCAGAUGAGGCAAAAACAUCCACAGAAGAUUUGGCCAAUGAUCAAUCUGAAGCCAUAUUAGAGAAGCUUAAAAAUGUAGAGUCUAAUACCUCGACUAAUUUAAGGAAACAGCCUUACCUUCAGGCAGCUUUUUCUGAUCAAAGUUUUAGCUCACCAUCUAGACAAAGUCCUUCUUUAGAACAUGAUGCUGGUAACCUCUCAUCUCCAAAGGCACGAAUUGGUAUACCUUGUCUGGAUUUAACUUCCUCCCCGGAUGGUACAAUUCACAUUCCAAAUGCCUUAGAUUCUAGAUCAAAUUCUUUGGAAGGGAGUGAUAAAUCAAUCCAUACUACCAAAACAUAUAAAACACAUUUUCCGGAUUCGGUGUUGAUAGCUAAGACUAGUGACAUGCUGCCACCAGCCUCACCAUCUAUGUCUCCUUUAAGGAAUGUGGGAGCAAAUCACAUUGAAAACAUUUUAUUUAGUCCUCAAGCAGAAGCAACUCCAGCUAGCUUGGAUUUAACAUCUCCAGAAUCAAUAAAAUCUUUGAAAGGAAUUGAAAAUGCCUAUAAAUCUCUGGAAAUCGGAGUACCCAAGACAGCGGACAUACUAUCUCCAGCGUCACCAUCUUUGUCUCCAUUAAAGAAUGUGGAAAUAUAUCACCUUGAGAAGCCCUUAGCUAGCCCCAAAACAAUGGCAACUACAGCUUGCUUGGAUUUAACAUCUCCAGAAUCAAGUAAAUCUUUAAAAGGAAUUGAAAGUACCAAUAAAUGUCUGAAAAUCAUAGUACCCAAGACAGCGGACAUACUAUCUCCAGCGUCACCAUCUAUGUCUCCAUUACAGAAUGUGGAAAUAUAUCACCUUGAGAAGCCCUUAGCUAGUCCCAAAACAAUGGUAACUACAGCCAGCUUGGAAAUUGCCCACAAAUCUCUGGAAAUCAUAGAAAGUUCAAGUCCAUAUGAAAGCUCAGCAAAUGCUCAAAAUAAAUGUUCUCUUCAAAAUGAAGUUAAGAUUUCUGAUAUAAAUGCCAAUAAUAGCAAGGGAUUGAAAUCUAUGCAUAAAAUUGAUGGCAGUGCAAGCAAUUCCGCAGGUUCAACUCGUAAUCAAGUAAUUUCAUCUUCCCGGGAAACUCUUUCAUCUGGUUUGGCAAUAUUAAACGUAUCGCCAAAAAUCCCCGUAUACACAUUGAGCGAGUCUCCAACAGAUCUGCCUCUAAUUAGGAAGUCAUCACCAAAUUUGUCUGACAUCAAGUCCAUUAGCAAUGCCGAAUCAUUUUUGACAGAGGUAAAUGAGGAGGUCAAUGAUGAUGGAGAAAAUGGUGCUGAAAAUGAAGAGGUAUCGAAUACACCUGACUUCAGCCACAAGAAUGUAUCAAAUUUUCCAGACCAGCAAAAAAUAACAUCUCAACAGGAUCAUGCCACUGAAGAUGGUCAAGCAGGGAAAGUUGUAACAAUGGACAUUAAAAAUUGUAUCGAAUUUGACAAAUUGGACUCCAAUGUCUUGGAAUUUAAAGAAAUUAGCAAAACUAAAAAUGAUGCUGGUUUAGAAGUUACCAAUAAACCACCAGAAAAUGUUACUGAUACAGAGAACCAAAAUCUUGUUCCCUCUGAGAAAGACCAAGCAAAUUCAAUAGUGCGAAAGAACAACAAAGGCGAUAAAAAACACUCACUUGAAAGCUACUCGCUUAACGCUUCAACAGUUGAAGCUCAAUGUGCCAAUGAGGCAGAAUCAUCAUUAGAUUUGUGUACAACAAAAUCCAGCUUUGCAAAACCUACAGAAAGUAUAAAUGAUACAAAUGGGGAAGUUGAAGUUGAGUUUUCCCCAGCAGACAUUAAAGAGAGAGAUUUCUCCCAUACAAAGGGAUUUGAAAACUUUGAUAGCAUUUCAAAUACCUCUUCCAUCCAAACAGCCAUAACAGAAUUUGAGUCGGUAAAAGACAAUAACAGCAUAAAAUUAUGUGAAGACGCUACAAAGGUUGCUGCAACUAAUAAAGAGUUCAUAUAUGAAACUAAAUUGUCCGACGCUAAUGAAGAUGAGGCCAAAUCUUCAACAGGUUAUUAUUCAUUAAAAGUUUCGGAUGAUGAUGACGAUGAUGCUAUAAAUAUCACAAACUCAUCAACCUCCAACAUCGGUGCUGUGGUUAUAAACACCCAAAAUCACCAUUCUCCUACCACAGAGACCAUGGUUGCCACACUUUUAGAUGCGGGAACCUCGGAAAUAUCUGGAAAAGAUAGUGACUCCGAUGAAUUGGUGAUAUCUGAAGAAGUGCUGAAAAAUUCUCAAACAAAAGAUUAUGAGAAAGACUUGCAAAAAUCAACGAUUACAAAUUUACAUGACGAGGGCAAUGGAAAACAUGCUCUGGCAAUGCCAGAAACUAGAAAUAAGAACAUCAAUGAAUCCAAAGCAAAAUGUUUGACAACUCUUUCCGAUGUUGUUGUAGCAGCCUUGGAAAUCUCUGAAAAAGACAGUGACUCCGAUGAAUUGGUGAUUUCUGAAGAAGUUUUAAAAGAUUCGCAAUCCAAAGAGUAUGACAAAGAAAUGGAAAAUUCAAAAAGUAAAAAUUCACUUAAAGAGGGCGGAGGAAAACUGUUGGAAAACACUGAUAUCAAAGAAAAAGCUAAAGAAUAUGAAAAGAAUGAACAAACAUCAAAUAGUCUUACAUCUCUCAAAAGCAAUGUUAAGGAGUUACCUGAGAAUACUCAAGUCAAUAAUGCAAGUUUGAACAAUAACUUAGGUAACUCCUCAGAAACCAAAGAAAACUUGCUUAAUCUUUCCAAUUCUAUGCCAGAAGAAAAAGUCAAAACCUUUGUAAAGGAAAUAAAAUCUAACAAAAAACCCAAUAGCUUGCAAGACAAAGCUGAGACUCAACGAAUGCUUGCAAAAGAGUUUCAUAAUGGUAAAAAUCCAACAAUGACCCACCUAUCCACCCUACAGACUUUAGACUCAAAGUCAACGUUUGUUAAUACACAACAAAAUAAAACGCCAACGCAUAUACUGCGUUUACAAGAAGACUAUUUGAAUGUCAUACAAAAGCCUAACAUCCAUGAAGACACUACAACAACAACAACAGGUUCAAAUAAUGAAAACUCAAAAGUUGUUUCAAAACCUCAGCCUGAACCAGCUAACAUUUCUAAGGAUAUUGAUGCCAAUAAUACUGAACCAAAGCCACCCUCUGGACAAUACACAAAUUCACUAAAAUCUCUAAAUUUAAUAGACUCCUACAACAAGCCUAGCAGUUUACCCUCAGUUGCAAUUAACAGUCCUACUCCUUCAAAUUUUAGUGGUAUAUUUUCCAAAAACUUUUUCGACUCCUAUGAAGAGACCAUAAAAAAUAAGAGAAAAUCUCCCAAGUCCAAGGAAUAUAUUUUGCCAGCAGCCAGCGUUUUGUGUACAAUAAACAAUUUGAAAAAUGCCACCAAGAAAAAACCAACAGGCAUUAUAAACAAGAAAUUACACUGGGAAUUAUUGGACAAUAAAAACGAUAUGUUGGAGGUUGAAGAUGACAGCGAUGCUGAUAGUACCGAUGAAGAUAAAGAAGAGAAUAUCAAGCAAAUUGAUUUAAAACCAUUGGCAAAUGAAUCAAACAUCUUGAAGGCCUUGAAAUGUCUGAAUCCAGCUUUUGGCAAGCCAAUUAUGAUAGCCAGAAGGUAUACUAUAGAUACAUUGCCCCUAGACGAAGCCGUGCCUCAAUGCCAACCACGGGAAGAGCAGCAAAAACUAAAUCCCUUGAGUAAAUCCUUAUUAAACCUUAAAGAACAAUCUUGCGCUGAAGAUUUGAAUCCUUGUGAAUCUGUGACAACAUCCAAGAAACUGAAGAAAACCAAAAAACCACCUCAAAGUUCUACGGAAAGUACAAUGGUUAAAAAGAAGCAAACUUUAAAAUCUCCCCCCUUGAAAGGCCAAGGCAAAAUUAUAAAGCAAAAAGCCAAACCCAAGACUAAUGCAAAAAAGACUUUACAAAUAAAAAAAUCUAAACAAGUUUUGGAGCAAAAAACUAAAGCCAAUACCACCAUAGAACAUCAAUAUUCUACAAGUCUGCAAAGUAACAAUAACAAUAUGCAUCUGAGUUCCCUGCUAAAGGUCUCCAGUACUGUUCGCGGUAAUCUUCCAAAAAUUGACCUCAUUCAAGUUCAAGAUUUUCAAGAAUUGCUUCACAAAGAUAAAAAUUCCAAUCAAUCAUCGGUAGAAAUUGGCUACCAUACGAGUCCAAAUGAAAUACCAAUGAAACAGUUGCCCGUAAAUGACCAUCGAGAGGAACAGCAAAUUUCAACUCAGCAUCAAGUACAUCAUAAUGAUGAUAUCACAAAUGUCAACUCUCCCAGCAAUAUUGAAAAUAAAAUGUCAAAUAGCCCCCAUGCCUUAGUAUGUCUGGAAGAUCCAGUUUCAGAGGAAAGUGAAAACAGUGGUAAUGAUUCGAACGACAAUGCCCUAAAGAUAAAGGACAGCGUAGAAGGCCAAGCAACAGAAGACUGUACAGCCAAAUCUGUUAACACCACAUUUAACACACCACCUAAGAAGCUAAAGGAUGAUGAUGACCAACCCGGAGCCUCUACUACUACUGAACUCGAGGAAAGUUUUCCCAAAGAAAGCGAGAGUCCAAAUGUAGUAUCUCCUGUUUACAAUAAGCAGAAUUCCUCUGAUGAACAAAAUUCUUCUUGGGCUGAAAAUUCGGAGCCAGAAUGCAAUAAGUAUCUUAAAGAAGAUGAAAUUACCAGCACAAAGCAAACAGAUUCCCCAAGUAAAGGAAAGGAACAAGCAAAAGAGGAUAAUAAAAAACAUAAAUUAGACGAUGUAGAAGCUUCCACCACAAAACUUAUUAAAAACUCAUUGACCAAGGAUAACAAUAAAAUUAACAAAGUCCCUGACAGCAAAAAAUCGAUGGUCAACCAAAAAAAGGUAGAAGUAUCUUUAGAAGAUAUUGGUGUUAACUUGCAACCAUUUAAAGCCAAUUUGUCCUCAUUUCGUAUACCGAAAAUUAAGAAAAAUAUUGAAGGAGAGACAACAGCCACAGCUUCUAAUGCACACUCGCCAAGCAAAGGCAACACAAUGGGGUGCAAACAAGAGCAACCUUCUACAAGCGCAGUGGUGAAAGACGAAAUAGGGAGAGUUCAAAAGGAGCAAAAGUUGGAGGCAGCUAGCAUAAAAGUGCGUCGAAAAUCUGUAAAUACGCAUAGAAGAACAAGGGACCCUAGCAGUGAAUAUGAGUUCAGAGGAGAUAAUAGGAUAGACAAUAGAUCUUCUCCUUCGGCAUACAAUAAAACUAAAUCUCUAAAUCUCAACGAAAAUGAGAACAUAAAGGACAAUGACGUUGGCAUAUCCGAAAAAGCAAUUUAUGAAGUUGAGAAAUCUGAACUAUUAACACAUGCAUGCUUGCCCAACGAUAAUGUGAAACAACCAAUGCGUAGAAAAUCUUUAUAUGCUGAAAAGAUAGACGUAGAGUCCAGUGUUAAACGUGACAAACCAUUAAAGGCUAGGCGAAAAUCAAUGUAUGUUGAAAGCAAGGCAUUCAGUGAGCCUACUAUGGAAAACAAACUUUCCAAUCCAGAAAAGAUGCAACCAACUAAAUCUCGACGUAAAUCUAUGUAUGUUGAAGACAAAUCAAUAACAAAAGCCAAUUCUACUUGCCCUGAUAAGCUUUCGAAUGUUCAGAAUGGCAUUAAUGCUGAAAAGUCCAUGACUCUGGAGAAACCUGACCCCUUUAUGAAAGAAAAGCCUAAAAAGAUGAGACGAAAGUCUAUGUAUGCCGAGGCACCCCAUAUAUCAACCGAAGAUAAUGAGCAAUAUGAAGAUACUAUACCUUUACAACAACUGAUAAUACAUCGGAAAUCUAUGGUUACGGCUAGAGAAUCUAUGGGAAAAACAAACCAAUUGACAGCUAGUAAUAAAACUGAAAUUGAAGAUGGUCCUUACAGCUCAACUCCAAAAAGCAAGCAAAAAUUUUCUUCCAGAGAUCCUCGAGACAAGCCUAAGUUGGAACUUACACAUUUGAGUUCCCAAAUUGGCAUGGACUCAAAAACAGAAAUCCCAAAUAAAUUGAAAAAGUCUGAGCUUCCCCUAAAUGUGAACAAGACUUUACGAUGUCGCAGUAAAUCAAUGUAUUGCGAAAAAAUUGCCAACGAACUGCAAACAGAUGUUAAGGAAAUGGAUCAACCAGUUGUUCAUAAUAAAGAUAAUAACAAUCAAUUGGUUACUGAUACAUCAAACAUAAGGGUUUGUGACAAGACAACUGCAAAUUCUCAGCAACGUAUAUUGGAUUCCAGUGGGAAUACAACUCCGACUUCAUCUAUAACCCCCAUAGCACCUGUGAUAGAAACUUUGGCAACUAAUGCAAAUUCUCAACCUUCCAAUGUUCCUGCCAUCACCAAGAAAAAGAAACGUAAACGUCGCAUUGUAAGGGUUGUGAGUGUAUCAUAUGAAGAUCCCCAUAUUGCCAAGAAGUUUAAAGAGUCCAUAGUCGAUGAUGUUAAUUCCACAUCACCUGCUUCAUCCAGUUUUAGCCAUCCCAUAUUUCAUACUCAAGUACGGGAUGAACAACAACCUGAUGUCAACAACUUAACUCCUUUAUCGCAUGAUGAUCGUUUUAGAGAAAUCGAUGCGAACAUGCAGGAUAUGUUCUAUUCACCUCAACACGAAUCCUGCGAACUUAAGUCUAAAUCCCAAACAGCCUUAGAUACUUCCACAUCGCUAUCUUUAACGGCUUCAUUGAAUGUAUCUAAACAUAAUUUAACCAUAGAAGAAACCAUUUGUUCCACUAAAGAAACUGACCAAAGUUCCGCCAUCAUAUCUAAUGAAUUGCAGAAUACCAGUUCUACAAAUACCACCGCAACAACGUCGUUGAAUCAAAGCGGCGAUACCACCAAGCACGUGACACUAGGCUCUUCGCAGUAUCGCUUCGAAAAAGUCUCAGAAAAUGUUGUUAAUCUCUUCAUAUCACGCAAACGUAAGCGUAAACGUACUUCACAAACUUAAGUAUUGAAAUAUUUUCUUUUCAAUUAUUCUAUUGUAAUACAUGUUUAUUUAUUUAAAAAAAAUACAUUCAAUAUUUCUCAAAAGGAUUUUUUUCGUUCGAGUUUAAACCUACAAAUACAAUACAUAACAUUUUAAUACAUACGUAGAUUUUGUAUAUAUAUACACACAUGAAUACAUAAAAAUCUUAAUUUUAGGUUUGUUACUAAAGUUCGU